GUUACAUUUAUUUCCAGCUGUAAUAUUUGUAUAUAUUGGUUUCCUCCUUAAUUAAUGAGAUGAGAUUCCUUUUCACAAUUAAUUUUUUUUCUUCUCUCUACUUUCUCUCUUUAUUUCUUCUGAAAUUCUUCCCCAAAUUUCAGUUUCUUCAUGGUAUCAGAGCAAUUUGUGUUCGAUUUUCCUAAUUUCCGCUGAUAAUUUUUCUUUGAUUUCUGCAUAAUUGCAGUAAUAUCUUCAAAUUCCUCGUUUAUUCUUCAAUUUCAUCUCUAUUCUCUUCGAUUUUUCGCUGUUUUUCGUCUUCUUCAAGCUUCUUAACAAUGGCGGGAGGUGAACCUCAACAGAACUCUGUGAAUUUUGCAGAUCCUUACUAUCUCUCUAAUGGCGACCAUCCAGGUAUGCAACUCGGUAAUCACAUACUUACUGGUUCAAAUUACAUCAAUUGGAGUCAUACUGUGCAUAUGGCAUUAAUUGCUCGUAAUAAGUUGCAAUUUGUGGAUGGAACUUUGCCUUCUCCUGUUGUUGAUUCUCCUGAUUACCAGAAAUGGUUAAGGAAUGACUACAUGGUCAUGUCCUGGUUAUUAAAUUCGAUUGAUAAGAAUUUGACUGAGAGUUUCAUGUUUGUGAACUCUUCAUCUGAUCUCUGGAAAGAAAUUGCUGAGAGGUUUGGGCAAUCUAAUGCUCCUCAAUUGUUUGAGUUGCAUAGAAUUUUAGGUUCUAUGAACCAGAACAAUGAUAGUAUUGCUGAGUACUAUGGUAGGUUGAAGAGUAUUUGGGAUCAACUUCAGAUUCUUGAAGGUUUUCCAGAUUGUAGUUGUGGUGCUAUGAAAUUAUGUAGUUGUGGUAUACUCAAGAAACUUCUUGAAAUGGAUCAAAGGAAGAAGUUGAUUCAAUUUCUUGCUGGUCUUAACAAAAGUUAUGAUCAAGUUACAACGAAUUUAUUGAGUGCAGAUCCAUUGCCUAAUGUCAACAAAGCUUAUCAUACUCUUCAACAAAUUGAGCAGCAGAAUAAGUUGACUCAAAUUAACACAAAUUCUGUUGAAAUUGGUGCUUUUAAUGUUGCAUCUGGUAAUGUUGUGGUUCCUCCUAAGGUUUUUCCUAAGACUAGUUUUCAGUAUAAGAAGGAUUUCAAGAUACAAAAGUCUGAAAUGGUGUGUGAUCACUGCAAGAAACGAGGUCAUUCGAUUGAUCAAUGCUUCAAGAUUUAUAAAGUUCCUGAUUAAUUUAAUGUUCUUAAGGCUAAAGGUACUUCUCGUGUUGCUGGAAAUGUUACUUCUGGAAUUCUUGGAAAGGCUCCUAUGGAGUCUAGUGAAGGGAAUGGUUCUGGUGAUGUCUCUGGAGUUCGAGUUGGGGCUGAUCCUACUGUCAUGACAAACAUGUACAAUGAGUUUUGCAGGAUGAUGCAGCAGCAACACAGUACUUCUGAUAAUCCUUUGUCUUCAGCUGUCAACUUUGCAGGACCUUGUAUCUAAAGAUGUCAAAGCUGUUGGUUCCAGACAAUCUGGUCUUUACAAGUUCAGCCAUACUUCUCAUAAUUCUCAAAUGUUUUCUUGUAAUAAUUCUGAUGUAAAGCUUGUAAACAAUUUGUUAACCAAGCAUGUACAUCCUAGUAUUGAUAUAAUUCAUGCUAGACUUGGUCAUAUUUCCUCUAGCAAAUUAAAACAUGUAAUAGUUCCAAUAUCAGGCAAUAAUAAUUGUGA